UCCUCCCGCAGAUAGUAGUCGCAGCCUUGUAAAACCAGUUGGUGUAGAACAAGACGCUCUACCGCCUCAACUAUUACCCGCAGACUGUGGUUCUGUUAGAAAACGAAGGUUCCAGGAUGUCCCAGAAGAUCAAGGCAGGGUCGGUGGUGGAGAUGCAGGGGGAUGAGAUGACCAGAGUAAUCUGGGAGCUCAUUAAGGAGAAGCUCAUCUUCCCCUACCUGGAGAUGGACCUGCACAGCUACGACCUGGGCAUGGAGAACCGCAACGCCACGGACGACAAGGUGACGGUUGAGGCGGCGGAGGCAACGCGACGCUACAAUGUGGGCAUUAAGUGUGCUACCAUCACGCCGGACGAAAACCGGAUGGAGGAGUUCAAGCUGAAGCAGAUGUGGCGCUCGCCCAACGGGACCAUCCGUAACAUCCUGGGAGGCACCGUGUUCAGGGAGCCCAUCAUCUGUAAGAACAUCCCCCGCCUGGUGCCCGGCUGGGUCAAACCCAUCAUCAUUGGCAGGCACGCCCACGGAGACCAGUACAAGGCCACCGACUUUGUGGUACCUGGACCUGGGAGACUGGAGAUGAAAUUCACACCCAAGACUGGGGAGCCAAUGAACUUUGUUGUCCAUGAUUUUGAAGGUUCAGGUGGCGUGGCUCUGGGGAUGUACAACACAGACAGCUCCAUCAGGGACUUUGCCCACAGCUCCUUCCAGAUGGGGCUGCAAAAAGCCUGGCCUCUGUACCUCAGCACCAAGAACACCAUCCUCAAGAAGUACGACGGACGCUUCAAAGAUAUCUUCCAGGAGAUCUACGAGAAGCAGUACCGCUCUAAAUUUGAGCAGAAGGGGAUCUGGUAUGAGCAUCGUCUGAUUGAUGACAUGGUGGCUCAGGCCAUGAAGUCUGAUGGAGGAUUCAUCUGGGCCUGCAAGAACUACGACGGAGACGUCCAGUCUGACUCUGUAGCCCAAGGUUAUGGGUCCCUUGGUAUGAUGACCAGUGUGCUCAUCUGUCCUGACGGUCGUACGGUAGAGUCAGAGGCGGCCCACGGCACAGUUACGCGCCACUACAGACAGCACCAGCAGGGCAAGGAGACAUCCACCAACCCCAUCGCGUCCAUCUUUGCUUGGUCGCGGGGGCUGCUGCACCGGGCGAAGCUGGAUGACAACGCAGAGCUGCGUGUGUUUGCCGAGGCCCUGGAGGUAAUCUGCGUCGAGACCAUCGAGGCUGGCUUUAUGACCAAGGAUCUGGCUAUCUGCAUCAAAGGCAUGGCGGAUACCAAACGCUCAGACUACCUGAACACCUUUGAGUUCCUGGAUAAACUGUCAGAGAACCUGAAGACCAAGAUGUUCAACCAACCCUAACUGUGAUCACCUCAUCUACCAACUUCACCCACACACUAUUGACACCCGGGACUAUGGGCCAACACUGAACCACUGACGGGGGACUGUCUGCCCAGAACCUAACCAGAGCUUCUAGAAGACCUAGGACCCUCUGGACUUAUUCAUUCCCACCACCAGCAGUCUGUCGGCUAAAGGAGGUGUCUUGUCCAGGGGGAGGGGAUGUCCUCCUAAAGCUAAUGCAUCAUUCCCGUCUGAACUACUUGCCAUUGCUGUCCCACUCUCCCCCUGCUUGCUGUUGCUUGGCAAUAUGAAUAUUCAUGUAGACUCAUUAAACUCUAAACUUGCACUAGGGUCCCCUAUAGUUGGCGUUGAUGUCAUUUCCUUUGGUGUUGUCGGUCAGUGAGCAGUGAUCGGAGACAGUCCUGCCUGAGUUUGAGGGUAGUCGUACCCUUUUGUUGCCUUGUUUUAUGUCAAGUGACCUCGGUCUGUCAUACCAUAAUAUAUUCCAUGACAACUACUGUAGUAGAAGAAAGCCUGUUUUGAGUUUUUUGACAGUCUUGACUUGAUGGUGUCAUUGAUUCACACAAAGCUAUAGUAGCGUCACUCACUCGUUGUGGAAGAGAUCGUUUUAAGCCUGCUUGUUGUCUUUGUGUGUUUACUAUGUUAACACCUUACCCCUCAUAUAGAAACCAGUGUCAAUGUACCUUCAUCUGCCAGUAAGCACACAGAACCAGGGGAUGUAGGUUUGUACUCGACAGUCUGUGUGGUCAGAAUAUUAACUCAAUAAAUGGGCUUUGGAGAAAA